AGGAGUCGACGCUGAUUGGAUGAACUUGCGGGUUGUAGAGUCCGGCAAAGUGUCGAACUGAAGAUUGAAGAGAAGAGGAAGUACUUUUUAAAAUGGAAAUAUAACAAAUCAUUUCUUACCUCUCUAGAGCCGAGCAGAGGGAGAAGCCAGCCAUGCCCGCCCAGCCCUCCGUGAGGGAACCGGAGGAGGAGAUGGAGGCAGAAGGAGAGUCACAACUCCCUGAGGCCAACGGAGAGGUGGGGCAACCGAGAGAGAGUGAGAGAGGGGGAGAGGAGACCAUGGAGGAGAGCACGGAGGAGAGGGAGAGUGACUUGGACGAGAGUGAAGAGGAGGAGGAGGAGGAGGAGGAAGAGGAAGAGGAGAGUUCAGAGAUGGAUGAUGAGGACUGUGAGCGGAGGAGAGGAGAAUGCCUUGAUGAGAUGCUGGACCUGGAAAAACAAUUUCAGGAGCUGAAAGAGAAGUUGUUUCGGGAGCGACUGAACCAGGUGAAGGUGAAGCUGGACGAGGUGCUGACGGGGAAGGCUGGAGAAUACAGAGAACCACUGGCUGCGCUACAGAACAGCAUGCAGAUACGGACACAAGUGGCUGGAGUGUACCGAGAGCUGUGUCUACAGGUGAUCAAACACAAGCACGAGUGUGAACUGCAAGGAGCAAGGCAGCACCUGGAGAGUGAGCGGACGUUGCUGUUCGACGCCAUGAAGACAGAACUGCUGGAGAAGAUAAGAAGACUGGAGGAGGACAGACAGAAUAUAGAUCUCACCUCAGAGUGGAGUGAUGAGAUGAGGAGCAAGAAGUGUAAGAGGAAGAACCUGCUUGGUCGCUCGGAGAGGAAAAAGAAAGUAGCUCUGGUUUCAGGGCCUUUCAUUGUCUACAUGCUGAGGGAAAUCGACAUCCUUGAGGAUUGGACGGCUAUCAAGAAGGCUAAAGCAGCACUGUCGCCACUGAAGAAGAAAGCUGACAAGCGGUGAUGACACGAGCGUCGUACCGAAGACCAGCGGCAAACAAACCAAACGAUUCACACACAUGCACAUUCCCAGCUUCCUCUACUAACAGUUUUGUCUCCUGUGCUCUCAGUUACCAACCAACCGACUGCUUGUUCAUCUGUUUCUAUUUAAAAUAACUUCUUGAUAUGUCAACCAUGUAUUUAUAGAAUGAUUUUUAACGGUGAUUUAAAAUUAUAAUCUUUUGUGACACAAA